UGAGAUGCUCAUAAAGGUACCAGAUGCUGACGAAAUCAGCUUUGAAUCGACAAAUAGUGAAAGCUUGAAAGUGAAAGAUCUGAUUGAGAAACUUUCUAAUGAUUUGAAAGAAAAAGAAUUGAUUUUUGUUGCUAACGGUUUUGUUUUGGAUCCUACUAAAAGCUUGAAAGAGUAUGAUAUUUCCGACACUUCUAUUAUUCAUUGUCUGGUCAAACACCGUCUAUUAGCUGCUCAUCACCCCAAGGAGAGGGCAAGAUCCAAUUUGCCCCCGAACCCAGUCGAAGUUGUUAAAUCUUUCCGGGUGCUGAUAGACCAGCUGGACAUGCCAUUUGGAGAGAAGUUGAAAGAUAUAGUGAAUAAUGAAGAGACAUUCGCGUCGCUGCUCACUACAGUUCCAGGUCUGAGGGAAGACCAGGAGAGUGUGAAGAUGUUGAAAGAUCUCUCAAUUCUUAAGCACUAUGUGAAGAAGGACAACAUCGGGGCCAUUAAAGAGAGACACCCUGCUCUGUUGUGUGCAAUCAGUCAGAUCAACAAACAACUCACGUCCAGUAUAGACACCCUCACUGCAAUGCAGAACCUCCUCAGUCGAGCGCACGAUGAAGAUAUGAGCGAAGACGACGACUUUUACGGCGGCGAAGACGAUUUCAUGGACACCGAUGACUUGGACACGCUGACGUUUCCGCCUGCUCCCAGCGACGCCCCCGGACAAGCAGCUGCAGCAUCUAGCAACACAAGCCAACCGAGACUAACGGCUGACUUUUUCUCACAGGCUCUGGACAAUGUCCUGGCUGGCCGAUCUGGAGGCGUAGGUUCCGAUGCUGGAUUUACAAACCCAUUGGCUCUACUGGGCGGGCAAACUAAUCAGCAGUCGUCAUCUCAGCCUCCUACUGCUGCUACGAUGCCUUUUGAACCGAGUGAAGAGCAAGUGAAACAAUUGGUGGAAUUGGGGAUAGCAGAGGACAGGGCCAGAGCGGCACUUAUAAGGACUGCUGGCAACUUCGAUCGAGCCUUAGACUUGCUGUUCAGUGGAGAAAUUUAACGGACUAGAUAAACUGCAAUAAACAUAAGUUUUUUGCAAGAAAGAAGACAACUAAAAAUUCCGCUCUUUUUGAUUUUCGGCUAUAUGAUCUUUUCAAAUGAAUGAUGGCGAACUUCAACGAAAAUGGGUUAACUUUCGCCGCGCGGAGGGAAAUAUUCCCCAAGAGCAAACGAAGACUUCAUAAAUUAGUUGUUGUAGUGAUAUAUUAUUAAUUAAAGUUAUAUAUAACUUA